AUAUAUAUAUAUACACACACACACACACACAUACAUACAUACAUACAUACAUACAUACAUACAUGCAUUCAUACAUACACACUGCCCAGCCCAAAAAAAAAAGUCACACGCUCUAAUAUUUUGUUGGACGCCCCUUUAGCUUUGAUUAUUGCAUGCAUUCACCAUGGCAUUGUUUCACCAAACUUAUCCCACAUCACAACAUUUAUUUCCAUCCAGGGUUGAAUUUAUUUUUCGACGAGAUCUUGUAUCGACGGCUGGCGAGUCAAACCACUCUGUCAGGUCUUCUCCAGCACAUCCCAAACAAAUUUCAACUGGGAUACGGUCAGGACUCUGUGGUGGCCAAUUCACAUGUGAAAACGAUUCCUCAUGCUUCCUGAACCACUCGUUCACAAUUUGAACCCUAAUUUUAUGCUCGUCAAUUGAAAAAAAAAAAAUCCGUUGACAUGAUAAGCUGGUCAUUUAGUCCAUUCAGGUCGUCAGCUUACUUCAUUUUAUUGCCCCAUAAUGUUACUGAAGCUCGACCUGACCAACUGAAGCAACCCCAGAUCAUAACACUGCCUCCAGAGGCUUGUACAGUGGCUACUAUGCAUGAUGGGUGGAUCGCUUAAUGCUCUUCCCUUCUUACCCUGACACACCCAUCAUUCAGGAAUAGGGUCUGGAUUCAUCAGACCACAUGACCUUUUUCCAUUGCUGCGCAGUCCAAUGUUUAUGCUCCCUAGCAGACUGAAGCUUUUUUCCCCCAAUUAGCCUCAAUAACGAGAGGUUUUCUUAUGGCCGCACAGCUGUUUAGUCCCAAUCCUGUGAGUUCUUGUUGCAUUUUUUAUGUAGAAAUGCUUUUAUUUUCACUAUUACACGUAUGCGUGAGUUCUGCUGUCGAUUACGAUUUGACUUCACUGAGCAUUUAAGUAAGUGAUCUCCAAACACGCUCAGUCAAACGUCAUUUUUUUUCCUUCUGCAAAGUUGACAGUUCACCAGAUUUUAAUAAUAUAUUGGACAGUUCUUAACCCAGUUCCAGUCAUUUCAGCAAUCUUAGUUGUUUGCUUGAUGCAAGUCAAUCAUUUGAUCCUUCUGGAAAAACCGGUAACAACUUUUCCACGACCAUGCGAUACAUCUUCCGACAUGGUUGUUAAAGAAAUGAGAAGCUACUCACUGCAUCAGUUAAGGUUAAAAGAAUUGUUGGCAGCUGAAACACAAUCACUGAUAGCUGCAGUAAUUAUCUAAUCAAAGGCUGUUAAGUACAGUAGUUGCUUAUUUAAAUCCAAAUGAUGACUUUUUUUGGGGAGGGGGGAUGAGAGAGGGAGAGAAUAAAAUUCACAGACCAUAGUGUAGUUGCACAUUUGGUUGUGAAUGCAGGCUUUGUUUGAACAGCAAGUGAGACGCUCCAGUCCCAUUAUUUGAUGGAAAUAUUAAUUAUAGCAUUGAAUGACAGAGGAUAUAAUAAUUGUGAUGUGAUGUAAUGUUCAGUUUCACACUUUUAUUGAAAGGUGCUUUCAAGUCAAAAUGUAUAAAAUCAGUCAAGUCAAUUAUUUGCUGUUCACUUCUGAUCAUGUGCUUAUUCUGCUAGUUUAAGCACUUUACGGUACUGUGCAUUUUGCCACAUAAUCAGCAGAUAUUUAUACACAAUAUGCAAACACAAUAAAUGUGGUUAACACUGUAUAAUUUUGGGUAACAGGGCUGCACUAAGUGUUUUUAUCAGUCAAUAUUACAAUGUCACUGACUAAAGAAAAACAAAUCAGAGAACUUAUUUUUCAGCUUCCGAAGAUCUUUAGGCAAUUUGUAUGAUCCAGCUUCCUGUUGAACAUGUGACUUGUUGAAUAAGUUCUUCAUAGGGAAGAAUACAUGAAUAAACUAGAAAAGCACUCGGAAAGCGCAGACCUCCGCCAAGAAUCCUUUAAAAAAUUCCGGGAUCCAGACGGUGAUCCGGAUCACCGCCAAAAUUUAAUGGAUUGUUACUUGUGCCCAGUCACACCUCUGGGAAAAAUUUCAGAGCAAUCCGUUCAUAACUUUUUCCGUAAUGUUGCUAAUAGACAAACCAACGCUACUGAAAACAUAACCUCCUUGGCGGAGGUAAAGAUGCAUGGUUACUCAUGUGAAAAGAGGCUGAUCAAGCAGGAAAGAAGUCACUUCACUUUCUGUGGUUGGGGUGAAACGGGUAGUCAGUGCAAGCAUGUUGAUUUGCACAUAGAAUGAAUUACCAACCAGACAUCAGUUAUGCCCAGGUCAGACGGUAAGCUGCAACUAGUUUUCAACUACUUGCGUCUACCUGCGAUUACAAAAUCAACAAGACUGGUCUUGCGUCGACGCACGACGACACAGAUAAUGGCAGAGUGUUGUAGAGGGUGUUUAGUAGAGGCAGAUUGACACAAGUGGAUCAAGAUCUGUUCGCAUUUCAGCUGCGAUUCGCUUCCAAUCGGUGCAAAUAGCAGGUUGACGCAUGUAGAGGCAGGCGGUCGUGCAACGCUUGAGCGACCAAUCACAGGCUAAAGCAGGUAGCAGAGGUGGACAGAGUACCCAACUUCAUUACUUAAGUCAAAGUACAGAUGUGCAGGACUGAUCAAUAGUUAGUGGAAGUGUUUAGUUGUAGUUAUUGCUUCAUGGGAGGGCACACAUCAGAUACUGAAAGCAAAGGUUCACAUACUAUUGCCACUCACAGAUAUGAAUGAAUGAACCCUUUAUUAUCACUAGUCACAAGUAGCAGUGAAAUUGACCAUCAUAACAUAUUACCAGAUAUGUAAUAUUGGAUCAUUUUCCUCAGUAAAUAAAUCCAUGCAUCCAUUAUCCAUAACCACAUCCUGUGCAGGGUCAUGAGCCUAUCCCAGCUGACUAUGGGUGAGAGGCGGGGUAUAAGAUAUUGGAUGUGGUAAGGAACAGAGGUGGACAAAGUACCUAACUUCAUUGCUUAAGUCAAAGUACAGAUCCCGCUGGUUAAAGGUUUUCUGUGCGCUGCGUCUGCUUCCGAUUGGUCGAUUCAGCUUAAAAACUCUGCGUCUUGCAAUACCACAACAAAGGAUUUGGCGCAAAACGAUCAGUUGCCACACAGCAUGCGUCUGACCUGGGCAUUACUUUGUCUGCAAAAGAAGGCUUUUUAAUAACUGUGGUGUUAUGAGUUGAAGGUACAAAUCAUAAGCCAGUAUCUCACUGGGCUGUGACAGCCUGUGACUAGUUGGAGACACAACAAUUGCGAUAAAAUAUGCGAAUUAGUGACAAUUUUCACUUGGAAUCACACUGAAUUGAUCUUCGCAUAUUUUACCGCAAUUGUCAUGUCUCCAACUAGUCGCAGGCUGUCGCAGCCCGGCUUUCCCUCAGCAGGCAGGGAAGUAGAGGAAGCCUCACGGAAACUGACUUGAGAAGGGUUUGCAAUGGCUUUGCGACACCAGCGCCGCAUUUGCGGCUAUUUUGAGAGAAAUUUUGUCGCACAAAUUUUUUGAACAUGUUCAAAAUUUCAGCGACGAAGGAGCGACACUUUGCGACUCAUGCGAGGAAACUGAGAAGCCCUGCGAAUGUUUCAAGACACUUUUGAAACUCUCUCUCUCGCAAAUGACAUUCGCAAUUUGUCGCAAGCUGUCGCAGCCCAGUGAGAUACUGGCUUUACCGCAAUUGUCGUGUCUCCAACUAGUCACAGGUUGUCGCAGCCUGGCUUUCCCUCGGCAGGCAGGGAAGUAGAGGAAGCCUCACGGACGGAAACUGACUUGAGAAGGGUUCGCGACGGCUUUGCGACACCAGCGGCGCGUUUGCGGCUACUUUGAGAGAAAUUUUGUCGCGUGAAUUUUUUGAACAUGUUCAAAAUUUCAGCGACAAAGGAGCGACACUUUGCGCCUCAUGCGAGGAAAUUGAGAAGCCCUGCGAAUGUUUCUAGACACUUCUGAAACUCACUCUCUCGCAAAUGACAUUUGGCAGCCCAGUGAGAUACUGGCGAUAGACUCAGAUAUGUAAACAAAGUUAGCAGAUAUAAUAAUAGUCUAUAUUAGGCUCUGUGAUUGGCGGCACGGUGGUGUAGUGGUUAGCGCUGUCGCCUCACAGCAAGAAGGUCCAGGUUCGAGCCCUGUGGCCGGCGAGGGCCUUUCUGUGCGGAGUUUGCAUGUUGUCUGCGUGGGUUUUCUCCGGGUGCUCCGGUUUCCCCCACAGUCCAAAGACAUGCAGGUUAGGUUAACUGGUGACUCUAAAUUGACCGUAGGUGUGAAUGUGAGUGUGAAUGGUUGUCUGUGUCUAUGUGUCAGCCCUGCGAUGACCUGGCGACUUGUCCAGGGUGUACCCCGCCUCUCGCCCAUAGUCAGCUGGGAUAGGCUCCAGCUUGCCUGUGACCCUGUAGAACAGGAUAAGUGGCUACAGAUGAUGGAUGGGUGGAUGGUUUCCUGAUCCCUGAUUUCCUGUUUCUCGUCUUUGAUUCUGCCGAAUCUACGAUAGCGUGUUUGUGCCUCACUUGACCUGUUGCCUGUUUCACUGUUUUACGAUUUUGCCUGGCGUUCUGGAUUGUUUACUGUCUUCACUUGUAUUAAUAAACACCCCUUCUGCACUUACAUCCGUCUCCCAACCAUCUCUGACAGAAUACUUCACACUCCCUGACAAAGAGAAGCACAUUCACCUGUUCAGGAACAAACUAAUGUUAACGGCACUAAAACAGCCACCGUCAAAUGGUGCGGUUGAAGUGUCGGACUUGACUUGGAUCAAUAGUGGACCCGACUCGAAAUUUUCUUUCAUGCAGGUUAGGUUAACUGGUGACUCUAAAUUGAGCGUAGGUGUGAAUGUGAGUGUGAAUGGUUGUCUGUGUCUAUGUGUCGGCCCUGUGAUGACCUGGCGACUUGUCCAGGGUGUACCCCGCCUUUCGCCCGUAGUCAGCUGGGAUAGGCUCCAGCUUGCCUGCGACCCUGUAGAACAGGAUAAAGCGGCUAGAGAUAAUGAGAUGAGAUGAACUGCUUGAAUCUUGUACACUAAAAUAAAAGUUUUAAAACAAAAUGUUAUGAGUUUCUCUUUUGAUCUCACUAAGGUGAAUUUGCACUUGAUGGUCACACUGUGCUGGUGUUCUGCAGACUACAUUCUCCUGUACUAAAGAGUGUGUCAGGGUAGGACGCCACCAUGUGGUGGUAGUGUUGCAGUGUGUGUGUGUGUGUGUGCUGUAUAACGGUGUGUUUCUGACACUAAGCGCCUGGACGAGCUGCGCCUCACAGGAGCUGAGGAGGAGGAGGAGGAGGGCGACUAACAUGGUCCAACACAACUCGAAAUAAUCUCUGUUUCUGCCUGUUUUAUCCCCCGACCGAAGAGUGAACCGAUAAACCUCAAGCAUGGCAGCGAAGGAAGACCUUUAUUCCAAAAUUAUUCCGCGCAGACUCCGGCCAAACCGACAGAACGCAGUGAAACACGGCUCGCACUUGGACGUGCUGCUGUCGAUGGGUUUCCCUCACAACCGAGCGUUGAAGGCACUGGUUUCUACAGGAGGCAGGAAUGUACAACUUGCAUGUGACUGGCUUUUCUCCCAUGUAGAUGACCCUUUUCUGGACGACCCCUUGCCCAGAGAGUAUGUACUGUACUUACGGCCUAGUGGCCCUCUUCAGAACCAGCUGUCUCACUUCUGGCAGCAGUCACGCCUCACCUGCGGCAAGAACAAAGCCCACAACAUAUUUCCUCACAUCACACUCUGUCAGUUCUUUAUGUGUGCAGACAGUAAAGUGGAAGCUCUGUGUGGGGCUUUGCAGUCAACAGUUAAUCAGUGGAGAGGCCGCUUCCCAAGCCCUUUGCCGUUAGAGCUCUACACCUCUUCCAAUUUUAUCGGCCUCUUCGUUGAGGAGCAGGUGGCUGAGACCCUGAAGAAAUUCGCUUUUGACUUUGCUGCAGAAGCUGCCACUAAAGCAGAUGUACAAGUGGAACCACAUAAGAAGCAGCUGCAUGUGACUCUAGCCUACAAUUUUCCAAGCAGCCAUUUGGCUUCCUUGGAGAAAUUGGCAAGAGGAAUUGAAGUCAAGCUCAGUUGUGAUUGGCUUGCUGUUCUCUUCUCACGGGACAUCAGAUUUGCGAAUCAUGAGACUCUGAAGGUGAUGUACCCAUACAUUCCUCAGAAUGAAGACGAGCUGGAGCUGGUACCAGGGGACUUUAUUUUCACCUCUCUAGUGGAGCAUAUGAGCACCAGUGAGGGAUGGGUGCAUGGCACAUCUCUGAGCACAGGGCUUUCUGGGCUGCUUCCUGAAAAUUAUGUUAAUCGGGCUGACGAGUGCGACACGUGGGUCUUCCAUGGACAUCGCCGGUUCGAGCAACCGAAAGCCGCGCAGAAGUCUGGCAUCUCGUCACAGUCACACUCAUUCUUCAGUGCCUUGCCUUCAGAAAAAAGCAACAAAGAGAGCAGAACAUUGGAUGGGCUCCUCAGCAUUCAGUGCCUAGAUAACUCAAAAACUGGAGACUCGUCGAUUAUGAAUGUGGUCUGCCAACCUAUGCAGGUACUCAGAGUUAACAGUCACUCUCAGUCCCCUAAAAGAACCCUGUUUGUAUGUCGUCAUGGAGAGAGGAUGGAUGUGGUGUUUGGGAAAAACUGGCUCUCGCAGUGUUCAGAUGCCAAAGGCAGAUAUGUGCGAAGUAACCUGAACAUGCCCCCUUUGCUGCCUGCUUGGGGUGGAAAUCGAGAUUAUGACAUGGACGCUCCUAUUACAGUGUUUGGAGCAAUACAAGCCAGGACUGUGGGUGAGGCAUUACUAGAGAAUAAUACUACUAUUGACUUUGUGUACUGCUCGCCCAGUCUCCGCUGUGUCCAAACAGCCCACGAAAUUCUCAAAGGUAUGAAGCAGGAAGGGAAGUUGAGGAUACGAGUGGAGCCAGGGUUAUUUGAAUGGACAAAAUGGGUCUCUGGAAAUUCUUUACCAACAUGGAUAUCUCCUCUAGGCCUUGCUGCAGCCAAGCUCAGUGUUGACACAACAUACAAACCUCAUAUAACCAUUACUAAACUAAACGUGUCUGAGUCCUAUGACACCUACAUGAGCCGCAGCUACAAAGUGACCAAAGACAUCCUGGCAGACUGCAAAAAUAAGGGAAACAACGUUCUCAUCGUGGCUCAUGCUUCGUCUCUAGAGGCCUGCACCCGCCAGCUCCAAGGCCUCACCCCACACAAUGCCAAAGAGUUUGUCCAAGUCGUCAGGAAGAUUCCAUAUCUGGGUCUGUGUGCAUGUCAAGAGCAAGACACUGGUGUGUGGCAGCUGGUAGACCCACCUAUCCUCCCCCUCACACAUGGACCCAAUCACAGCUUCAGCUGGAGAGAGACUCUACAGCAGGAAUGACAUUCCCUGACCUGUCCUCUCACCACUCCGGAGGGGUGCAUCCUGCUGUCUCAGAUGCACUGGAACUCUGGACAACAUUUUUGCGCUUGGAAAUUAACAUCAUGUUGGACAUUAACAUCAUGUUUUAUGUUUACAAGAGGAAUAGGGACAGUAAACUGAUGGAUUUAUUUUAUUUAAAUAUGCGAUAUGGUUAUCUUAGAAGCAGGGUAUUCUCAGGGCAUUGGUAAUCACUCUUAACUGGUGAGGCACAUGACCAAUGGCACAAACGGCAUAAUUCACCCAGACUGUCUACAGACAUGAGUUUGUGGACAGCAGCAUAAAACAGCUCGUUCUGUUAAAAUUGAGUCUUGUGUAAAAUUGUUUCUUGAUCACUCAAAAAAUAUGAUUGGCAGGAUAAUAUCUGCGACUUUCUUAGCACUUUUGAUAAUCAUGCUAUGCAUAUUAACUUGAUCUAACUAUGACAUUGUAUUAAGGCACUGCUUUGUGAUUUCGUUUCUGUCAGGAAAUAAAGACACUUCACUAACAA